AUGCCAACGCCCACCGUAGCCUCCUCAAUACAUUGUCCAACGCUUGUUGCCCUUGAAACACCGAAAAACAAUCAGCCACUAAACCAGACCCCGGCAGCCACUCCGCAUCUCAGUGGACACAUGCAUCAUACCACGCUGGCAGUGUUUCACCCCCGCGUUCGCAGACCAUUUAAUAACCUGCUCAAGCUGCCGUCAACUGCUGAUCCAUCCACCACCCCAUUGGAUCAAGCCAAACGAGCGGCCCCGACCAAGCCCAUUCUCCACCUGCCUCCCAAGGACGACCAACAAGCUAGCCAACCACCCGCAAAGGACAGCCCGAGCCACCCGCCCUCCUCGGCCCUCUCUCUGUUCCAUUCCCAGCCCUGUUCAACCGAGCUGGCGAAGGAGGAGGACGACAUACUGCCGGAGUACCUCCACUCGGAAGGCCUCCCCGCCUUGACCAGCAAGCCAGCAGACAAAAAACAUGCCGUUGUCAGCACCUUUGACCUCUUCUCCAUCGGCAUCGGGCCCUCCUCCUCACACACCGUCGGGCCAAUGAGGGCCGCUAAAAUCUUCACUAACGACCUCAAGGAGGCCGGCGUCCUGGAUCGCGUCAAAACUCUCAAAGUCGCACUCUACGGCAGUUUGGCAGCCACUGGCAAAGGGCACUUGUCGCUGGAAGCGUUGAUUGCCGGCUUCGAGGGCCACAGCUGCGAGACCGUUGACAAGGCCUCAAUCCCGACCCGCUACUGCUCGGUGUGCAAGAACAAGUCGAUCAACCUCGGGCUCGCCCUUGACCCUGACGCCAUCGGCCAUCCCGUCCAGAUGUUGUUCUCAGUGUACGACGUCAAAGGCAAUCUGAUCGCCAACAACACCUAUUUCUCGAUCAGCGGGGGAUUCGUAGUGAACACAGAGACACAGUUCUCGGGGGAGAACCUGUACUACAAGCAGAUUGACAAGCGGAAGGCCUCGUCCAGCCGGCUCGACCCUUUCAAACAGCUCCAGCCGCUCGUCGACUCGCUCCCGCUCAGCAGCCAGCUCACCAGUGUACUCCCAUCCAUUGAUCCCCCUCCAAAGGAGGGACCUCCGUUCCCCUUCCAUAACUGCGAUAGUCUCUUGGAACUCACUCGCAAACAUAACUUCUUCUUUGAUGACGAGAUCAGGGAACGGAUCCUCAAGAUCUGCACAGGUGUCUGUUCAGAGGAAGACGUCUUGCCCAAACAAUUGAGGGUCAAAAUACGAGCCCGGAACCUCUACCAAAGCUAUCAACGCCCCCAUGUCCUCCGCUACCCAAUCCGCAUCGCCAUCCAGGCCUCCUUCAUUGUCAACUGUCUGCUGGCCGCCCUCCAGCUCUACGCGGCCAUCUCCUCGCUCCCGCUGUCCUUCUUGGCCACCGCGCUGGAUGCGGUCUUCAAUCCCUGUGCAAACUUCACCCUCAACUAUGCGCCUGUCAAUCUGUGCAAGUAUCCGAGCGGCGGAUCGCACUUUGAAACAAUCAGCAACAUUGUCUAUUUGAGCGUGAUGGGCUGUGCGUCCGUGGUCCUGGUGGUCGAGUCGAUCAAGAGUCUGGCCAAGGGCCCCGCCUCCGCCGACCAGCGCCUCCACAUCCCCGCCAUCGCCGCAGUCUCUGCCUCUUCGUUGCUAAAGCCGUUCUCUUCUUCUAUUGCUGAGCCGUCAGGAACCAGGACGGACAGGUCCGGGUGCUCUGGAAGGACCAUUGCAACGAUCUCUUCAUCAAUGGUCAGUCUUCUACCCCCGACCAUUGUACUGUCUUCUCAUCUCGCAGCCUUAACCUCAUCCUAA